AAGUCGGCAACUGAAUAUCCAGUGAUGGAGAGAGAACACACGUAUUCAGAUGUGGAAGAGAACAUUGAAUAUUGUGAUACAUUGAGCGCGGUGGAGGGAACAAACCCACUUAAUGAGAGGGAAAAUUGUGAUGUCUUCCAAAGGGACAGUUUUCAAGAAAUCCUACCCCUUCAGAAAAUAUCCAAAGGAGACAAUAGAGAAGAGUGCCCUGGAAGUGCAGAAGGACUUUCUGAAACAGCAGAUACGACUAUGCAUUGGAACACCCAUAAUACAAAGAGAGCAUUUAAAUGCCUGGAAUGUGGAAAAACCUUUGGAUGGAAACAAACUCUAACUUCCCAUCAAAGAAUUCACACAGGGGAGAAACCCUACAAAUGCCUGGAGUGUGGAAAAAACUUCAGCGAGAGUGGACAGCUUACUGCCCACCGAAGAAUUCACACAGGGGAGAAACCAUACAAAUGCCUGGAGUGUGGAAAAGGCUUCACUCAGAAUGGAAGCCUUACUGCCCACCGUAGAAUUCACACAGGGGAGAAACCUUAUAAAUGCCAGGAGUGUGGAAAAUGUUUCAAUUCGAGUGGAGAACUUACUGUCCACCGAAGAAUUCACACAGGGGAGAAGCCAUAUAAGUGUCUAGAAUGUGGGAAAGGCUUUAAAUGGAACAGUAAUCUAUUAACCCAUGUGAAAAUCCACACAGGGGAGAAACCAUACAAAUGCCUGGAGUGUGGAAAAAGCUUCAGACGGAGUGAACAUCUUACCGCCCACCGAAGAAUUCAUACAGGGGAGAAACCAUACAAAUGCCUGGAGUGUGGAAAAAGCUUCACUAACAAUGGAAAUCUUACUGCCCACCGAAGAAUUCAUACAGGGGAGAAACCAUAUAAAUGCCUGGAGUGUGGAAAAAGCUUCAGUGAUGGUGGAAGCCUUACUACCCACCGAAGAAUUCAUACAGGGGAGAAGCCAUACACAUGUCUAAAAUGUGGGAAAGGCUUUAAACGGAGAAAUGAACUAGCUUCCCAUGAAAGAAUCCACACAAGGGAGAAACCAUAUACAUGCCUGCAGUGUGGGAGCAGGUUCAGUCGCAAGCCAGCCCUUACUACCCAUCAAAAAAUAGUUCACAGAUGAGAGAACCAUACAAAUGCCUGGAUUGUGGGGAAAAAGUCAGAAUGCAAAACUUACUCUCCAUCAAAGAAGUCACACAGGAGAGAAAAAUAUAAAUGCCUGCAGUGGGGAAAAAGUUUCAGACUCAGUUUGGUUCUUUCUUACCAUCAAAGAAUCCACACAGGGGAGAAACCAUGUCAGUGCCUGGAGUGUGGGAAAAGCUUCAGAUACAGUGCAGCACUUUCUUCCCAUCAUAGAAUCCAUACAGGGGGAAAGAUAUAUAAAUGCCUUGAGUGUGAAAAGAGCUACUCUUCGAACAGCGAACUUGCUAAACAUCAGAGGAGUCACACAGAUGAGAAAUCAUAUAAAUGGCUGGAGUGUGGGAGAAGCUUCAGUCAAAGUCCAGCCCUUACUGGCCAUCAAAAAAUAGUUCACAAAUCAUCUCUGCUUUCAAAUCCAUGAAAUCUUUUGUCAUUUUAUUCUCCAGCAAGUCCAAUUUACUGCAAAGAGCAUCGCACAUCUUUUGAAUCAUAUCUGGUGCUAGUGAAUGAUCCAGGGAGUAUUUUCGCCGUGUACCUUGACCCAUCUUUUAUUAAUUUAGCCAAUUAAAAUCAAAAUUUUAACAUUCAGAUUCAUAGAAGAAAAAUAAUUGAAACGCAGUACUUGGCACUAUUAGAUCAAAGUAUUAUAAUAAAAAAAAUUCAAGUUGAAACCUGAGACUUGGGAAUGAUGGAUAGCCCAAUGGAUAGCCCAUUGGAAAGAAGUUUUGGAGCUUUGUUCUUAUAUAUGAUCACAGCAGCAAGAGUAUUGUACGCACAAAAAUGGAAAACUCCAACAUUGCUCACAAUGGUGGAUAAAAGUUUUGGAGUUUGCAUCAAUGGCAAAACUCACUUCAUUGAUUAGAGAAAAAACAUUAUCUACAUUUUAGGCUGAAUGGAGCCAUUUACAGACUUUUUACAUGAAAUUAAUAAUAAUGAUUUGAUGAUAUCUGGAUUUAUGGAUUAAGACUCAUGAACGAUAAAAAGGGGGCACUUAUGCUUAACAUAGAAUAAGAGAGUUUUUGAAAACAGUAUAUAUUUGUUGUGGAGAAAAUUGGAAUUCAGUUUGUAGUUUAGUUUUUGUCCCUUUCUUUUCCUUAUCUUUCUAAACUGUACUUUUCUUUUUUUAUUAGCUGCUUGUUAUGUGUUAUUUUGUG